GCCUCACGUCGCUUCCGCCUAUGGGAGGGAGGAGGUAUGGCGGAAGCGGAGGAGCGGGCGGUCGCCUCGCCGCAGAGCGAGGGGCGAAGCGGGGCCAGGGAAGAGGCCCCGGAAAGAACCCCGGAGAGCGGAGCGGCUUUGGGCGUCGGAGAGCCGGCCGCCUCCCCUGCCGGUUCGCCGAGCAACGAGGAGCCCGCCAGUGACUCCAAGAAAAAAAUUGACGUCCUGCUGAAGGCCGUGGGUGACACCCCCAUUAUGAAGACCAAGAAGUGGGCUGUGGAGCGCACCCGGACCAUCCAGGGCCUGUGUGACUUCAUCAAGAAAUUCCUGAAGCUGAUGGCAUCUGAGCAGCUGUUUAUAUAUGUAAACCAAUCCUUUGCUCCAUCUCCAGACCAGGAAGUUGGGACCCUCUAUGAGUGUUUUGGAAGUGAUGGCAAGCUUGUACUACAUUAUUGCAAAACCCAGGCAUGGGGAUGAAUCACAAGAAUAGUGUUGCUUAGGUGUGAUUUUCAAAAUGAAUGGACUGACUUUCUGGAACCCAACACAAAGAAAGAAUUUGGGGAUUUCUGCUUGACUUUACACUUAGAAAAAGUGAUGCAGUUGAAUAGGGUGAAGGAAGAACUGAUGAGGCUGUCCAAUUGCAUAGCUUUUCACUAAUGUUCAUUUUGGGUCCAGGGGAAAAACAAAACAAAACAAAAAAACACCGCAUGUGCUAUCUGUAGAAUAGAGCCAGCUGUUCUGCUGCUGAGCUCCCAGUUACUGCAAAUGAAGGGAAGCUUCUUCAUGAUUGUCUUGAGGACUGGGCAGUACUGUCUCUGUAUAUGCUGUAUGGAACAAAAGAGUUCCUUUUUAUUAAAAGCAAUGUGAGUUGCACACCUCCUGGGA